AUAUAUAUAUAUAUCUAUGAUCUAUGUCUAUAUGUUAGUGUAGUAACUCUUCAUUGCUGGAAGCUGAGCAGUGUGUGUGAGGUUUAAAAGUGAGGAUAAUGUCGGCGUCAGCUGCAUACACAGUUAAGGUUGAGGAGGGAAGGCCGGCCACGGAGGAGAAACCGGCGGCGGGGCCGGUUUACAGGUGCAUUUAUGCUAAAGAUGGUCUCUUGGAGCUGCCUGCUGGAAUGGAAUCUCCAUGGCAGUUUUUCAGUGAAUCAGUCAAAAGGAACCCAAAUAACCAGAUGCUAGGUCGACGUCAAGCCAACGAUUCAAAGCAAGUUGGACCUUACGUGUGGAUGACAUAUCAAGAAGUUUACGACAAUGUUAUUCGGAUCGGGUCAGCCAUUAGAAGUCGUGGCGUGAAUCCUGGAGAUCGAUGUGGGAUAUACGGACCCAAUUGCCCUCAAUGGAUCAUGACAAUGGAGGCUUGCAAUAGUCAAUCCAUAACAUAUGUACCACUAUAUGAUACCCUCGGUGCUAACGCGGUGGAAUUCAUCAUUAAUCAUGCUGAAAUUUCUCUCGUCUUCGUUCAAGAGAAAAAAAUUCCCUCCAUUCUAUCCUCCUUGACUAAGUGUUCUUCCUAUUUAAAAACUAUCGUGAGCUUUACAAGUAUCUCUAGCGCAGAGAAGAAGGAAGCUGAAGAACAUGGAGUAACCCUUUUUUCUUGGGAUGAGUUUUCUCAGCUGGGAAAUUUGGAAUGUGAACUUCCUCCUAAAAAAAAGACUGAUAUCUGCACAAUAAUGUACACUAGUGGAACAACAGGAGAGCCUAAAGGUGUAAUCUUGAAAAAUGCUGCUGUCAUGGCCGAAGUUCUAUCUAUAGACCAAAUGCUUUUCGUCACAGAUAGAGUGUGUACAGAAGAAGAUACAUACUUCUCUUUCCUUCCUCUGGCUCAUAUCUAUGAUCAGAUUAUGGAGACUUACUUCAUGUACAAGGGUUCCUCAAUAGGGUUUUGGCGUGGGGAUGUUCGAUACUUAAUGGACGAUCUUCAGGAACUGAAACCAACUGUACUUUGCGCUGUUCCAAGAGUUUAUGAUCGUAUAUAUGAUGGUGUGAAUGGGAAAAUUUCAGCAGCAGGUUUGCUGCAGAGAAAACUGUAUGAAUAUGCAUAUAGAUACAAAUUUCAAAAUAUGAAAAAUGGAUUACCACAUGAUAAAGCUUCACCAUUUUUCGACAGGCUUGUCUUUGACAAGAUAAAACAAGCAUUAGGAGGACGAGUGCAAAUCCUUUUAUCGGGUGCAGCUCCGUUGUCAAGACAAGUGGAGGAGUUCUUGAGAGUCAUCUCAUGCUCUAAUUUGUCACAGGGAUAUGGUCUCACAGAAAGUUGUGGUGGAUCCUUUGCAUCUAUAGCCAAUGUAUUAUCCAUGGUUGGAACUGUUGGAGUUCCCAUGACCACCAUCGAAGCAAGGCUCGAGUCAGUGCUAGAAAUGGGAUAUGAUGCACUUUCCAGCACGCCACGAGGAGAAAUAUGCUUGAGGGGAAACACCAUCUUCUCAGGUUACCACAAGCAACAAGAUUUAACUGAUGAAGUCCUUAUAGAUGGCUGGUUUCAUACAGGUGAUAUCGGAGAAUGGCAGCCUGAUGGAUCAAUGAAAAUCAUUGACAGAAAAAAGAACAUAUUUAAGCUUUCUCAGGGUGAAUACAUUGCUGUGGAGAACAUUGAAAACAAGUACUCAAGAUGCCCUUUCGUCACAUCUAUCUGGGUGUACGGAAAUAGCUUUGAAUCGUUUCUGGUUGCUGUUGUAGUCCCUGAUCAAAGAUCACUUGAAGAUUGGGCAGUAGACAAUAAACAGGUUGUUGAUUUCAAAGUCUUAUGCGAAAAUUUGAAGGCCAGGAAACACAUCUUGGAUGAGCUUAAUAACACUGGUCGUGAACAGAAUCUAAGAGGUUUUGAGAUGUUAAAAGCUGUACAUUUGGAACCAAUUCCAUUUGACAUAGACAGGGAUUUGAUCACUCCAACAUUUAAAUUGAAGAGGCCUCAACUGCUUAAAUAUUACAAGGAUCACAUUGAUCAACUAUACAGAGAAGCCAAGGGAUUGAAGGCAUGAAGACAGGUCAAGAAGACUAACUUAUACUGAUAUAUAUAUAUAUAUACACACAUAUAUACAAGUUUCUGUCCUUUUCGAAGAAAAUAACUUUGUAUUCCUGUUUCAUCUUGUUUGAGAAUCUACAAAGUGAAAAUUUGUAGAAUUCACGAAAAGUUACGUGUAUGUUAAUCUUCAUAAAGUAGUAUGUAAAUACCAUUGGAGUUUCUCUUUCAAAAUUUGAAGAGGAUGCAGAUGUUUGCCAUCUACCA